AUGAUGUUUAGAAAUGUUAUUAAAUCAGGCAGAGUGAUAUCGCCAAACACCUUUAUAAAUCCAUCAAAAUCAUCACCAAUAUCAUCCAUUACAAUUCUUCGUCCGUUUCAUACAACAUUAAUAAAUCAAAAAAUCUUUACAAAACCAAAACCAAAAGAAACAACGAGAGAAGUAUAUGAAAGUAUAACCAAACAUCCAAUUCUUUUAAAAUUACCCAGAUUCACACAUAAAUAUGCUGCUGGGUUUUUAGAACGACCAAUUUCAAAUGGGAUAGCAUUCACGAUCUUACAUGAAGCAUCUGCAAUUAUACCAUUACUUGGAUUAUGGUAUCUUUUCCAUAAAUUUCCCGGAUUGGUACCCGUGGAAAUCCCCGGUUGGGCGAUUGAAAAAGUGGAUAAAUUGAUUGAAGAUAAUUUUCAACAUUUCGAAUUUUCCGGGAGUGAAGAUAAAUUACAUUUUGCAAUGGAAGGGGCUUUAGCUUAUAUUAUUACCAAGUUUUUAUUGCCCUUGAGAGUGGUUUUCAGUCUUUGGGGGAUGAAUUGGGUUUCUAGAUGGUUUGUAUAUCCUUUUUAUAAUGCGUAUCAACAUUAUAUUGUAAAUAGAGGUAAGGAACCAAAGAAGAAAGGAGAAUUUCAAUAUGAAAUUAAGAAACAAGAAACUAAAGAAUUAAAGAAACCGAGAUUGUAA